AAAAGGAAAACGGCGAGGAUGCGAUGCAGAAGAAAGAUGAUCGGGAAGAGCGCCAAGACCGGGCUGACUCGGCAGAUUAUUAAUAAUAUUCAGGCGCGCCGCUCUGUGCAUGUCGCGUCUGCAUACACACACGUGCCCGUGCACAACAACACCGCAUGCAAUGAUCAUUGAAGCAAGACUACGGUAUGCAGUCAUUCCGCUUCCCGCACCUGACGCCCUUCUCCGGCCAAGGAACUGCGAUCAAGCGGCCUCGGGAAGUGACCGACUUCUCCUUCGACGACGAGCACAAACCCUUCCCGCUUGACAGCAGGAGCCUUCGAUACUACUACCCACCAAUCUUCAACCCUCCAGGCGUCCCACAGUCACGCCACAUAGAUCUUUCCACCGGUUUCGAGAGCUUCAUCAAAUAUGACGACACUGCGGUGAAUCUGCAUCUCAACCCCCUCCUGGACACGAUCGAGCAAUAUGAAGCACGGAACAAAUCGAAGCUGGACGCCGACAUUCUCACCUGGCGAGGAAUGAUGACCAAGAUUUUGUCAGCGCCUUUUGACAGAUUUGGUGAAUUUGAGAUGAACGCUACAUACUUCGAUGGCACCAUAUACAUAGAAGAGAACCAGGCGGCGAAGGCUGCUGAGAAUAACAAUCAAGGCAGAAGUUAUCGCCAGCAAGGCAACGCUUUCUCCCCCGAGCAAAUGCAAUAUUGGGGCUACAAGUUCGAGACUCUCGCUACAUUGCCAAGACCAUGGGCCGAGUGCAGUCGCGACGAGAUCGAAGGACGAGAGGCCGAAAUUGUCAACAACAAUGCCCAGUAUUGCUCCAUCGUACGAACUGGAAUUGGUCGUCACACGAUCGUCAUCGGAGGGGAAGUAGACGCUGUCGAAGGCUGCAAGCCUGAUGAUCCGAGUGAGCCCAUUCCGUACGUGGAGCUGAAGACUACCGAGAACUUUCGCAGUGGCGAUGUCAAGUCUGCUCAGAAGUUUGAACGAAAGAUGUGCCGAUUUUGGGCACAAUCUUUUUUGCUUGGCGUUCCCAAGAUCAUCAUUGGAUUCCGCAGCGCCGAUGGCCUUCUCGAACGCCUCGAGGAAUGGAAGACACUCCAGAUACCAAAUUUCGUCAAGCGUCAAGGGAUGCAAAGCUGGGAUGGCAACAUUUGCAUCAAUUUCACAGCAGCCUUUCUGGAUUUUCUGAAGCAACAAAUAACCGGAGAAGGCACCUGGACAAUAUCACGCCGCAGAGGAGCAGCAGAAAUACUUGUACACAAAAUCAGUGAUGAAUAUGCCCCGGAUAUUGUGCCCGCACAGUUCAGGGCUCAUCGGGAAAAGCUAAAGGCAGAGAUGAACGAGUCUGAAGCUACUGGAGCAGGCUGAAUAAGGCGCCCACUGAGUGCUUCUCCAAGCUGUCAAUCAUCGAUAUCACCUUCUGAGCUCUUGUGACCCCAAAGCUCGGUUCGAGAAGCGAC